CAUAGCCUCCUGCUUGCUGGGAUGAAGCUCGCCACCGGAGAUCUAAAGAGGUUGUUACAAAUCUGAGUCCACAGUUUUCUCACAAUCUCGGCGAUAACUCGUCGAAACGACCAGUUCCCAAGAAUUCGUUUUUUUAGGAGAAGAGAGGGAAAUGAUGGAAGAAAUAGAUAAAUUUCAAGUGCCGAGUGCCGUGCAGGAGGCGGAGAUGCAGGCGGAGAUGCAGCCGCUGGACCCGGCCUCGUCCACAGCCUCAGAGGCGGUCUCCGACCCCAGAGAGGGGGAACCUGUCACUAUUAUCUACAAGCCCUCCCCCCUGCAGAUGAAAAUAGAGAAGCAGAGAGAGCUGGCCAGGAAGGGGUCACUGAAGAGCGGCAACACGGUCGGCAGUCCGGUCAACCAGCAGCCCAAGAAGAACAACAACGUGAUGGCCAGAACACGGUUGGUAGUGCCCAAUAAAGGCUAUUCCUCUUUAGACCAGAGCCCAGAUGAGAAGCCCUUGGUGGCGCUGGACACAGACAGCGAUGACGAUUUCGAUAUGUCUCGAUACUCAUCAUCGGGAUACUCCUCUGCUGAGCAAAUCAAUCAGGAUCUGAACAUCCAGCUGCUGAAGGACGGGUACCGCCUCGACGAGAUCCCGGACGACGAGGACCUGGAUCUGAUCCUGCCCAAAUCAGUCAACCCUACCUGCAUGUGUUGCCAGGCAACCUCCUCCACCACCUGUCAAAUACAGUAACCUCACCCCUCUGACCUUCUGCCCUUCCCGUUUCCACACAAUAUAACCCCCAAUCUUCAUCUGCUGUGAGUUUACUUCGCCGCCACAGUGGUGACAGAGAGGCAUUGGUAGAGUAUUGUAAUGACCGUUAAGUGCUGCGAUAAUAAUGGUGAUGAGAAAUAAUCAAAUUAACAUGGAAUAUUUGGUUUCAAAUCUAGGUGACGGAGCAUAUUUGAAAAUAUGAAAUACUUAUUUCAAAUGUGAGUAAAAGUGUUGGUUUCCUCCUAUGGUAGGACUUGUGUUUGAGAGCCCUUCUUCUGGUGAUCAUGGUGUAACACACGUAUUAGAGGACGUGAAACGGAAGGUAAAUUGAUGCUAUAAAGUGAACUCCCUUUCCCUGACAAAUAAGAACCAUCAUAACUUCUGACUCAACUGGUCUGCUUACCUUACUGAAUUAUGGGUUGCAUAUUUCUAGUUUUUUUUUUAUUUGUUCCUUUUUAUUUGAACGCUUACUUUUUUAGGAUUGAGGGAUAAGUAUGAUUGCGUUGACAUGGGGAUAUUUGGACUGCAGUCUUGGUAUCCCUACAUAGAGGAUAUCUAGUACCGUAUAGGGAUUAAUGUAUGAACAUGAAUGGCUGAGGAACAAAUUGCAUGUGGAACACUGGACUGAGUAAUAGAAAGGAAAAUAAUAACAAAUUGGCUCAUUGCACACUUGAUUUUUCCCCCCCAUUUAUAUUGUGCAAUCACACGCUGCUGUUGUGGCCCUAGCUUGACUUGUUUUGAAUUUGCACUUUUUAAUUUGUUUUAUUUGGGCCCAUAUCGGUUUCCUCUUUCCUGCAUCGCAGUGACAGUGUCUUAUCUGAUAUGAACUGUGUCAAAAAGGGAAGAAUAUAUAUUGUUGCCACAACCAUCGAACACAUGAUGCUCACAUGAUUGAUAUGUUAUCACGGCCAAACGGGCGGCGGAGGCCUCAGAUCUUUCAGCCAACUCUGCUGUGUUACUCGCCCACUAAACCUCAUUUCUGUUUUCCCUUUUUAAAUUGUUCACUUACAUGCAUAUGCAUGCAUACGUAUAUUGCCAACAUAAAGAGUGAUAUACUAUCUUUUAAUCUCAUUGGACUAAUGAGUUGGAACAUCGAGGAUCAUUAACUUGGAGCACUAAGAUCCUUCAUUUAUGACCAAUCCCUCUCUUAACCAGCUGAUAAAUUGCAAUUAGAUUAUGCCUUAAGUACAGAGAGAUUUGAAAUGUGUGUGUAUUUAUUGCCAUCUUGAUCAUUUAGUUUGCUGUCUAUAAAGUUAUGCUUCUUUUUCUUUUCACACGGGUGAUACUUGUUUUUCUUUAAAUUAAUUUCUUGUAAUGUAACACUACCAUUACAGUAUUAAACAAUGUUAUUAAGUGCGGUGUAUGAAAACAAUAAAUAAACACAGCUAAUGGAGCACUCCCAGUUCUAACUUUA